AUGGCAUUUGCUGAGCUCCUGGACCGCGUGGGCAGCCUGGGCAGGUUCCAGGCACUGCAGAUGAUGGCUCUGGUGGUCCCCAUCACGUGGCUCACGGCCCAGAACAUGCUGGAGAACUUCUCGGGCGCUGUCCCCGGCCACCGCUGCUGGGUGCCCCUCCUGGACAACAGCACGGCCCAGGCCGGCGUCACCGGGGCCCCGCGGCCAGAGGCCCUCCUGGCCGUGGUCAUCCCGCCGGGCCCCGACCGGCAGCCACACCAGUGCCGCCGCUUCCGCCAACCUCAGUGGCAGCUCCUGGACCCCAACGCCACGGCCGCCAACUGGAGCGAGGCAGCCACGGAGCCGUGCGUGGACGGCUGGGUCUAUGACCGCAGCACCUUUGCCUCCACCAUCGUGGCCGAGUGGGACCUGGUGUGCGACUUCCGGGACCUGAGGCCCAUGGCCCAGUCCAUCUACCUCGCUGGGAUCCUGGUGGGAGCUGCCGUGUGCGGCCACACCUCAGACAGGUUCGGGCGCCGGCUGGUGCUGACGUGGAGCUACCUUCAGAUGGCCGUGUCGGGCUCGGCCGCUGCCUUCGCGCCCAGCUUCCCCCUGUACUGCCUGUUCCGGUUCCUGGCCGCCUUCUCCGUGGCUGGCGUCAUGAUGAACACAGGCACCCUCCUGAUGGAGUGGACGUCGACCAAGGCCCGGCCCCUCUUGAUGACCCUCAACUCCCUGGGCUUCAGCAUCGGCCAGGUGCUGACGGGCGCCGUGGCCUACGGCGUGCGCCACUGGUCGCUGCUGCAGCUGGCCGUGUCCGUGCCCUUCUUCUGCUGCUUCGCGUACUCCUGGUGGCUGCCGGAGUCGGCCAGAUGGCUCCUCACCACGGGCAGGCUGGACCGCGGCCUGCGGGAGCUGCAGAGGGUGGCCGCCAUCAACGGGAAGACGGCAGCGGGGGGCGCACUGACCAUGGAGGUCUUGCUGUCAGCCACGCGGGAGGAGCUGAGUGGGGGCCCCGCGCCGGCCCGGCUGGGCACCCUGCUCCACACGCCGGGACUUCGCCUGAGGACCUGCAUCUCCAUGCUGUGCUGGUUUGCCUUUGGCUUCACCUUCUAUGGGCUGGCGCUGGACCUGCAGGCCCUGGGCAGCAACGUCUUCCUGCUGCAGGUGCUCAUCGGCGUGGUGGACGUGCCGGCCAAGGCCGGGGUCCUGCUGCUGCUGAGCCGCCUGGGCCGCCGGCCCUCGCAGGCCGCGUCCCUCGUGCUGCCCGGCCUCUGUGUCCUGGCCAACACGCUGGUGCCCCAUGAGAUGGGGGCCGUGCGCUCAGUGCUGGCCGUGGUGGGGCUGGGGUCCUUGGGGGCCGCCUUCACCUGCAUCAGCAUCUAUGGUGGCGAGCUCUUCCCCACGGUGCUCAGGAUGACGGCCGUGGGCUUGGGCCAGAUGGCAGCCCGCGGGGGAGCCAUCCUGGGGCCCCUGGUGCGGCUCCUGGGCACCCACGGGUCCUCGCUGCCCCUGCUGGUGUACGGGACGGUGCCUGUGCUGAGCGGCCUGACGGCGCUGCUGCUGCCCGAGACGCGGGGCCUGCCGCUGCCCGACACCGUGCAGGACCUGCAGGGCCGAGUGGGGGCGAAGGCCACGGCCAGCACCGCGGGCUCGGCGGGGACCUCUGUCCUGAAAUGCACGCGGCUCUAG